AUCACAGUUGUUCCUGUUUUCAAUGUGGCUCAUCCAAUAAAAAACUUAAGACUCUUUCUAAGAAAUUCUUACCUUUUCAUACCCAAAUGUCCGUUCAAAGAAAAAAUAGAUUGAUCAAAAGAUUUGUUAAUGCUGUCUAUUGCAUUAUAUAUUUAAUUCAAAAACGAAGAAGGUUAAAAAAAAAAGAAAAACAAAAAAAAAUGUAUCGAUUCAAAACUAAACUCAAUUUUGAUGCAUCUCCUCUCAUGCCUCCUUAAACAUAAUAAGGUUUAUCAAUUUAAAAUGAUGAGAAGCAACAUUCACAAAAUAAUCAAUUAUAAUCUUUUCAGGCUAAAAUCAUUGAUAACAAACUUAAAUAACGAAAAUCAAUCAGAGUUUAUCUAUAAUAAAAAUUAAAUGAAAAAGGUAUUCAUCUCUCAUUACUAUAUAGAUUCUUAGUAUGUUUUACCCAAAAUUCAUAAAAUUACGACUAAUUCCUUUACAACUAUUUAACCAUUAAGAUUUUCCAAAAAUGAUAAAAAUGAUGAAUAAAAAUCAUCACGUUUGUCAACAUAAAUAAAAAUCACACCAUAAACUGAAUAUAGUCCAACUACAUUAAAUAAUUACUCUCCAUAUUUUAAAAACAUUACUUCAAGAAAUCAUAUUGAUAGUAUUAUUCAAAAUUCUUUUAUUAAAACCCCCAGAACAAUGAUUAAAAGUAUUUCAUCAGAAUAACUCGUUCAAAAUUAAUAAAAGCAUCUAUUUCACUCUAGAAAAAACACUCCAUCAACAUUAAAAGGAAUUUUUUGA